CCAACUUCACUAAGUAUUUAUGAGAGAAAUCCCAGAAGACCCGGUUGUGACUCACGUUCUCAGCUAGUUCUCGAACAGAGGAGAAUCGAAUGGAAGGAGUGGUGUGAUCUGGAAAGGAUUUGUAGGACUGAGGAUCAAAAUGGUUUGAAAAUUCUCAUCGGAGCUUUAGGUUCCAUCGCGAGUCUGGCAGCAGUCGUGUUCAUCACUCUCGGAUAUCAACGUGCAAAUCGUUGUCUAUAGAUGCUUUUUGUUGCAAUUGAUCCUGAAUUGGAGCGUCAGUGUAUAUAGUUCAGAUUUUCUUUUUGAUUAGAUAGCUCACGUGGUUAGAGCAAGAGCUGCCCGACUCUCCAUUUGACUUCAACCUUGGCCCGUAAAUUUUGAAACAAGGUUAGAAUUUCAGCUCUUCUAGAAUGGUAUUACACUGAUGACUACAGCCCCCACAAGGGGCCUUCUUUGCCUUCCACGCCAACAAAUUCUUCUUCGAUUUGAAACGGAGAUACGGAGCUAUACGGCCCAGCCGAGCUGAGCAGGAAUUCAUGCUGAUACAGACUCGUAUGGUUUUAGAUCCUUCUUUUGAGCGGUAGGUCGAAGCGUUUGUUGAAAUACUCGGAGCAAGCGCAUUCUUCCGUCGGACCAUGAGCCCAACGCUAGAAAAAGAUACAACCCCCUUGGCACUCAAUAUCAUGAAAAGCGACAAUCCUGCAGUGCAGAGGGAUGGGAAACUGGAACCUCCGGGACGAACAUUCUCAACCUUCUGCAACGUGUUCGAAGUCCCAUCUGGAAUUCCUUUACCCUGGCGCUACAUCGUAGGGAGCCUGCUAACAGUUAUCUAUCUGGUAGGCGCGAUCCUUCUCUUCAGUUUCUACCUAAUACAACACAACAAGAAUGGAGUGAGUACGGUAAUGGACGACAAGUUCGUGUCGUUGAAGGACUUGAAAGAAGCAGAAAAUGAUGGCUACAUCUGCACUUGUGACUUCCCGCCUGAAAUCCGGAGCGUCGUCAAAGAAGACACAAGGAAUAAGACCUUCAAUCGCUGUUACACUCCAGAAGAAGCGGAGACGGUGAAGGGAGAGUUAAACAUUUUACAGUACAAUUCUGAGUGGAACGACGUUCUAUAUAACGAUAUUAUCUCACAAUUGACGAACAAAAAGUUCAAAAGCCGACUCUUUAACGACGGUCUGCGACCGAGGUGGAAGUCUUACGAACUAAGGGCUCAGGCAAUCAACGAUUCUUCAGAAGCGACAUUUGGAACACACCUGGCCGAUUUGUCCUCAAAACUGGAUGAAACGGGCUAUGUAGGUAAGGUGGGAUAUGCAGAUCUGGAAUAUCUGAGAGGAGACGACUUCCUUACUGUGCCCCCUGGCUUCAUCCAAGCGAGAAUCGAAUACAAUUGCACAAACUGCAGUGCGUGCGAGUCGCUUUGGAAGAAGUACGAUUCUGAUCAGGCACUAAGUAAUUCAAAUGAUUCCUGGGUUUUCUGCGAUGAGUAUUCUUCUCAUGUCCCUGGUCAAGUUGAAGGGUGCUCCGGCUUCUGUCGGUAUUUCCGAACACACGACAGGCCAUGGGGUGUGGAACUGAAUAAGAAGGCUGAUGAACUCAAGACAUAUGUAGAUGAUCCGAAAAAUCCGACGGUGAUCUUCCACCCGCGUCUUCUCUACGCAAAUAUAAGUGAAGUCGAGCACAACGUGAGCUACAAUCUCACUUUCUUGGAGGUGGAUCGAGAAGGGACAACCUGGCUAUUACUUGUUGCGAACUUUGGCAGAAUACCGGAAUGUGGUGAGAACAAGACCAAGUUGGUGGUUUGUUCUGGCAGUUCGAUUUGCGAGAUCGCGCCCACUUACUCCUUUCAGUCUGUCAACUCGGAGGAACUCAAUGCGCAGUGCGAGUUCUACGCCACCGGACCUGACUAUCAGAUUAAUCGAACGAAGUGUGAGGAAAUUGUGAGCGGAGCUGAUUUACGCUUUGUGAUCGAUUCGAAAACCCCAAGCGAAAGCGUGUCUGACAUUCUGUGUCAAGAUUAUAAGUGCCAAGCGGUCAUACCAACACAAGUGGUUUAUGACGGAGAAUGGUUCACUGGAGAAGCUGCGUUAAACAACCUCGUGUCAGAACCUGCAUCCAAAUCUCGUGUCGCGGAGUUCUGCACGAAUAAAUACACUGACGUUCUGGUGGUGUACGAGGACGAGAACGAGGGGAAGGGGUUCGAGGAGCGGAUAUCGAGGAUACAUAAAUUGAACUGCAGUUCCGGCAAUUCCAAGGGCUCCGGCAACUCCAAGCUCUGUUGGCUGACUGUGUGGUACAAGAACAUGACCGACACUUAUCAAGAUCCUUGGAAACAGUACAACUUCAGUGAAGACGAAGAUGAAUCUGGAAAGACCAUGUUUGCCUGCUAUAAAUUCCGAGAAAAAUCAUUUAGAUCAAGGAUGUGGGACUUCUUCGGCAUUGUCAGUGGCAUCAUCGGAUCCUGGCUUCUGAUCCUCAGCUGCAUCUACUGGGGUUUUCUGCGAACUUCUCCAAGGAAGUUGGCGUUCUUGUUUGGGCCUUUGCCGAGCCAAUCUGACGACCCAGCACCAGCUCCAUCUGUCAGCUCGAACAUUUACGAGGGAGAGAAGACCAAAUCAACAUGGGAAUCUAGACUCGACGUCGAAACGAACCGUAGAAUGGCGGACUUUCCAAGCGAACGUAUUGGUCCAUAUACUCUGUAAGUCCGAUUUCACAAGUGAGAGAUAAUCACUUCCGUGGGCGUAUUUUUAAAUUGAGGAUUCUUUUCUUGCACGGUAGGCAUUUGAUUUCCACCUGUGGGUAUUUAGUCAUAACGAAGCAAAGGUCUCGCACUACCAUUCACUUUGUAUAUAGGUCGUCCCUCUUCUCGUAGUUAGGAAUAGCGCUUGAUUGGUUAUUACAGUACAUAGAAUGGGCUCAUCAAGUCGCUUGGAUUUCGCUUGUAUCAUACUAAGAAGACAUGAUCUCUUCUUUUUCCUCUUUGUACAUAGGUUUGGAGGUCGUCCCUCUCCUCGUAGGUAGAAAUAGCGCUUGAUUGGUAAUUACAUUGAAUGGGCUCCAUCAAGUGCUUGGAUUUUGCUUCUAUCAUACUGAGAAGACAUAAUCUCUUCUUUUCCUCCACAUAAUUUUCUCC